AUGGCGGACGACGACCAGGACAUUUUCGACUCGCUCGAGCGCGAGGCCUCCGAAUUCACAAAGGAUGCGGAGAUCGACCGCAUUCGCAAGGCGUUCUCUCUGGAUUCCUACGCCGUGCUAGACCUGCAGCCCGGUGUACCAGAGAAGGACAUCAAGGUCCAAUACCGCAAGAAGUCGCUCCUAAUUCACCCGGACAAAACCAAGAACCCAGCCGCACCCGAUGCAUUCGACCGUCUCGCUAAAGCCCAAACGGCCCUACUAGACGAAAAGCAACGUGCCUACCUCGACGAAUGCAUUGCCGAUGCGCGAAGGCUACUUAUCCGCGAGCACAAGUACAAUCUAGAUUCACCAGAGCUGAAAACUGAGGAAUUCAAGGUGGAAUGGCGGCAGAAGACCGUCCACGUGCUGCUGGAAGAAGAGGCGCGACGGCGGCGACAGGCCAAGGCGCGCAUGCAGGAAGAAGGACGAGAGGCUCGCAAGGAAGAAGAAGAACUGGAUGCGCGCAAGCGGAAGCGCGACAAUGACAAGGCGUGGGAGGAGAGUCGCGAGGAGCGCAUUGGGACCUGGCGGGACUUCCAGAAGGGUCGCAAACCUGCGGGAGACGAGAAAAAGAAAAAGAAAAAGAUGAAGGUGCUUGGAUAG